GGUGAGGGAGGGAGGGAGAGAGAGAGAGGGGGAGGCAACUGUUUUGUAUCUUGGAAGCCGUGGGUUAGGAGAGGGGGAGGAGGAGCGGAGAAUGAGCUAUUCUUGUACCAGCAGAGGCAACAGCCAGGACCCAUCAAGCGCUAAGAAGCCCGCCGGUAAUAAUCCAGGCGGAGAGACCAGAGGCAGCGGCAGCACAGACAGCAGCAGCACCAGCAGUAACGGAACCGGAGGCAGCCCGAAGCAAGCGGCGGCGAUGAAAGUGAAGAAAGGCUGCAACUCGACCGACGCGGGGGUCCCGGUGACCACGGAGGAGGAACUGCUCGCCAACACCGUCAUCACUCCGGAGGACGUACUGGGCUUGCAGAAGAUCACAGAGAAUUAUCUGUGCGGACCAGAUGAGAAUGUGUACAACAUCGACUUCACCAGGUUCAAGAUCAGAGACAUGGAGACCGGAACAGUGCUGUUUGAAAUCACCAAGCCGCCGUCCACAGAGAAAGCAGGGGAGAAGAGGGAUAUCGAUCCAAAUGCUGGCCGUUUUGUCCGCUACCAGUUCACUCCUGCUUUCCUCCGGCUGCGGCAAGUUGGAGCCACCGUCGAGUUCACUGUUGGCGACAUGCCGAUAGACAACUUCAGGAUGAUCGAGAGGCACUACUUCAGAGAGAAGCUGCUCAAGAGCUUUGACUUUGAGUUCGGCUUCUGCAUGCCCAGCAGCAAGAACACCUGUGAACACAUCUAUGAGUUCCCCCCUCUGUCUGAGGAGAUUAUGAGAGAGAUGAUCCUCCACCCGUACGAGACGCAGUCUGACAGCUUCUACUUCGUGGACAAUAAGCUGGUGAUGCACAACAAGGCGGACUACUCCUACAGCGGCGGACCGUAGAGCCUGCAGGCUGCCGUGGGACGGACGGAUGUACGGACUGAGGGACAAUUAGAGUACACUGGAGGGGUUAACCUCCCAUCUAUCAAUACUCUGUCUAUCUCUCACUUUCUCUCUCACUCUCUCUCCUACUGAACAGAUGUGGUCCUACUUAUCAUGAGAGAAUGCCAUUCAAAAAAAAAAGGUAAAAAAAAAAAAAAAAAAAAAACGCCCAUGCAGAAUGAAUUUCAACAACACGUGUACAAGUGUGUGUGGGCGGGUGUGUAGAUGUGCCCACGUACAUUUACGCAUGUGCAAGUGUGAGUAUUGGUUGCACAUGUCAAAUCCUGAUGAAACAUACACACACACACAUAUGCACACACACAGAUACACACACAUGCCGACCCCUGGUGCGGCACGGCCACCUUCCUGCUUUAUUAUAAAAGUGCACCAAGGUGUGUGUGUGUGCGUGUGUGUGUGUGUGUGUGUGCAACAUGAUGAACCAGACAUGACUCGGUCGAUACAAAGCUGCAUGAACGUUUUGCAGGUUAUCAGAUGGUUUUCACUCUCCAGCCAAGUCACAAAGUAAAACACAAAAUCUUCUAUAUCAGAUAUUGACAGCAUUUAUUUUUUUCAUCCCUACAUCUUGUAAUGUUAGGGUUAGGAAUAAGGUGUCGUGAGUGGUGUUGUGUGCCGGGAGUGUGCUGGCCAUAGCGUUUUUAGACUAUAAUAGAGGUUUGAGGGAAAGAUUCCUCAGAUUCUAUACGUACGUGUGAGUGUGUGUGUGUGUGUGUGUGUGUGUGUGUGUGUGUGCUAGUGUGUAUCUGUGUGCAAGCGCAUAUGCACUUCCCUUUUUGAGUCCAUGUGUGGGGUUUCUGUGUUUUGUAUGAUCGUCUGUGUGUGAUUAGGUGUGUCUGUCAGUAUGUCAGUUUGAAGCAUGAUCACGUCUGGUAAAAAAAAAAAUUAAUUAAUUAAUAAAAUAAACUAAUUUUAUUUUCGGUAAAUGGUCAAAUGUGGUCAUCUAGUUAACUAUGUCAAAUAGUUUGCUUUGGUCAAAUAGAUUUCCAAAACUUGUUAGCACAUUUUUGUACACUAUAGAUGUUAUUUUGAAUCUGGAUGAUUUCAGACCUGUUUCCUUAUUCCUUCUCCCUUCUUCCUUAUUUAUUACUCCAGUUACAUGUGACCUAUAUCUAUUGUAGGACCUGUGUGUUUAUUAUAUUUGCUCAAAGCACAAUAUUCCUACGGAGCCAACAACGAGGGAACUUACAAAGGACAACUGAUCUGAUCUGACCAUAAACUUACUUUGUCAUGAGUGUACCAGCCGACUUCUCUGCAUUAGCUGAUGAAGACACUAUGACUCUGUUAAUCGGCACUGUGUAACUCCAUGUCCAGUUCAAGGUUUUGAUGUUUGUUUGUUGGGGAAAUUCUUAGGAUACUCUUCAUAAGAGGAAAAAAAGGGAAAACUUGGAUCUGUAAAUGUUGCUAUUUUUCUUUGAGAAACAUUGCAAAAGGGAAACUAAAUGGACUGAAGAUUGUGGAAUGUAGCAGAAGUAGUUUACUGAGCAAAUCACCCCCGACCCUAAACCAUUUUCUUUGUCUUUCUUUUCUCGUAACCAGAAUGUAAUCUAUUCUUUGUUUUUAUUUAUUUAUUUUUUUUUUUUAAGCCAGCCCUUCCCUCCCUCCUGUAUGUUUUCUCAUUCUUUGUGUUACGUGUUUUCUGCCUCUCUUCUACAUGUUUCAUCUCAGUGUUUUCACGGACACAUUCCAGUGAGUUCGGACCUGAGCGUGUUGGUCUGGUGGGUCAAAGGCAUGCGACGUUGUUCUCAUGCAUUUAUUACGCAGAUCGAACGGAUGAACAGCCUGUAACUGCAUUAUUUUGGGAUGCCUCUUAAUAGUUGUAAUUAGCCUCCUGCUCUCACUGCUCCAUCUGCACAGAUACCAGACCUGGCUCAAACAGUUUAUGCAAAUACUUUGUUGUAACAUAACAUGCCAUCUGCAAGGUGGUGGGUACAGCUUGACACAUGGGUCAGUAUGAAUGCCAGUAUGUUUAAAUGAUCACAGAAAAGUUUUUGAGAGUCAAUUUAUGCUUUUAUGUGUUUGAUAACUUCGCUUCUUCUGUCUUGUGCUAAACUCAUCUGCUAAAACACUGCUAAAGAUUAUUUGCAAAUACUAGUUGAGCCACGUUUGAGUGAUACUGAGGAACUGCAAGCAUUUGGCAGGAAACUACCACCUUAUUUGUCUUCUGUGUUCAGAUCAGCAAAACUUUAAAAAAUAAAAGGAGCAAGUUGUCACUGAGAGCUUCACUGUCCACUUGAUAUUUUCCUUGCUUGCUCAAACCCGAUGAUUAAAAAAAUUCUGAUGGCCUUGGUUUUCCCUAAGGGUUUUCCUGAGUUAUUGGGUUUGCGCAGGUUGAUCAUUGUGGGUUACAGGGAUUACGCAGAAAAAAAAAUAGCAAUCUGACCAGGUUAGUGUCAUAUUUUUAAAGAAAUGAACAAAUCUGCCAGUGGGAUGAGAUAAUUCAACUUGUUUCCAAUGCCAGUGUCGCUUGUUUCAGGAAUCUUUAAAUGUUAAAGCAAGGUAUACACACAUAAACAAAAUGUUCAACACUUAAUGUAAGGCUAAAUUACUUUUUAAGAUGGAGGUUUUUUGCUGUGUAGAGGUGUACUGAAAUGCAAAUGGCAGGAAGAAAACUGUUGACGUCCAGUUAGACUAACGCUGAAAAAAGAUUGAACUGAAUGUUUGUCAAGCAUAUAGAGCAGGUUGAUCGAUUAUUAACUGUGGCUCAUGUAAAA